AUGGAGCACCUCGCCCUGGGCUGGGUGCUGCUGGCCAGCAGCCUGUUCGGCACCUCAGCCACUGGCAGCAAGCGAGACCUCGAUGCCAUCAAGGAGGUGGCGAUGGACAUGGUCCUCAGCUCCUUUGAUGACCAGUACCAGGGCUGCAGCCGCAUGAUGGAGAAGGAGCUGGAGGAGCUGAACCGUACUGAGUUCGCCAGCCCUGCCUAUGCGGAGGGCUGGAGAGGUGCAGUGACGGAGUGGCGGAAUCGAUGGGGCCGUGCCACCCGCCCACUGGUGCUGCGGCAGGAGCAGGCGGUGGCUGUGCUGGCGUACACUGCCGAGGGGGACCUGUACCGACAGUUCAACGUGGCCGUGCGCGAGGGUGGGCGCUCCCGUGAGCACUACCUCCAAUCCUUCCCCUUCAAGACGCUGCACUUCCUCCUGACCAAGGCCCUGCACACCCUGCGGGAUGCCCAGGGCCAGAACUGCCACCGCGUCUACCGCGGCAUCAAAGGCACCCGCUUCACAGCCCAGCUCCACCAGACCGUCCGCUUCGGCCAGUUCACCUCUGCCUCCCUCCAGAAGAAGGUUGCUCAGUCCUUUGGCCAGGAAACCUUCUUCUUUAUGGAUACCUGCUACAGUGUCCCCAUCAGGAACUUCUCCUUCUACCCUGGUGAGGAUGAAGUCCUCAUCCCACCCUUUGAGGUCUUCAAGGUCACCAACUUCACCCGUGACAGAGACGGAAACUUCAUCCAUCUCCGCUCCCAGGCUGCGCGCAGCACCUACAACUGCGAGUUUGUGAAGGAGAAAAGGUGCAAGGAGCAGCCGUGUGUUUUCAGCGCAGGCAUGAGCAGUCCCAGGGAACCCCCACACCUCUGGGGUCUCCUCUUGGUAGCCACAGCCCUGGCAGCCGUGGGAUGCCUCUAA